CUCCGUUCUCAAGCUCUCUCGCAUAGGACCACAGACGUCUUUCAGGAGGAAAUAACGGGUGCUUGGCUCUCCGUUUCUGAGGCUUCAAAAUAGGAAACAUGGAAGAAAGACCUUCAAACCAGCCCUAUUCAUUAGUUUUGUAAAACUGGGUUUACUAUCUUCCAUCAAGAGCUGUUCCAUUAAGAUUCCCUUUUGUAGCCUUCUCAGUUUUAUGUAGCCAUUCCUGGAACCUCUCCAUUUUGGACGUGUGAUUGGUUGAGCUGUUUACCAGUGCUGGACGAAAGGCCUAAUCCCAAAUCCUUCUGGAGAGCGCUAAGACACUGCCUGACUGGAAGCUGACGGGAUUAACUUCGUAUUAGAUUUGGGAGACAAGGGAAAUAGAACACCUGCUUGUUUUUACAGGCAAAUCCAGGCCAACCCGCUAUUUGGAUCUUGUAUGCGAGACGCCACCUUCCAUUGUCAAAGUUGGCACAGUUUGUGCACUUCCCAGAAUUGCCUCCUGCUGUAGGACUCGAUAAUCCAGAAUCAUUCAGAAUCAAGGUCAGUCAGUCUUGACUGCAGAAAAGGGACAUUGCUCGCGUUCGGCCCCCAAAUAUUAAGACUAGAGACUUUGUUGGAUACAUUAUGACAUUAAAAGCGUAGCGCACAAGCAGAUCUGCAUCAUCAGUGUCUGAGAAGACCCAUCAGCCAAGCUGGGAAGAAAAAAAAGGCUUAAGCAAGAGGGGGCGUACUGACUGAGCCAGGUCGUUCUUAUUCUGCUCUGGUCGUUUCUCUGCUCCGUGGAAACCUGCAUUCGUUGCGAUGGCUCCUCAGCCGACUCAGACAGGAGUGACCGCUGCCCUGUGAAGGACUACACUCAACUCUCAUCCGUCAGAUAAGCAGAGGAGGAUGAAACUGAAGAAGCAGGUGACCGUUUGCGGCGGGGCCAUCUUCUGUGUGGCCGUCUUCUCUCUCUACCUGAUGUUGGACCGCGUCCAGCACGAUCCCGCCAGGAGACAGAGCGCCGGGAACUUUCCUAGGAGCCAGAUUUCGGUGUUGCAGAACCGCAUUGAGCAGCUGGAGCAGCUCCUGGAGGAGAACCAUCAGAUCAUCAGCCACAUCAAAGAUUCUGUGCUGGAGCUCACCGACACGGGGGCCAUCUCUCCCAGCGGACAUCUCCCCUUCCGUAGCGCCAAUGGCUCCUGGGUGCUGCCCUUUGAUGGCAGGCCCACCUUUCUCUCCGUCAAGCCGCUGGAUUGCCAGUUCGCACUGGGCCGCAGGAGCCAAACUGACCUACAGAUGCUGGAUGUGUACUCCUUGCUGAGCUUUGAUAAUGUGGACGGAGGUGUUUGGAAGCAAGGCUUUGAGAUCACCUAUGAGCCCAACGAGUGGGAUGACGAGCCCCUGCAAGUGUUUGUGGUCCCUCAUUCGCACAACGAUCCAGGAUGGAUCAAAACAUUUGACAAGUACUACAAUGACCAAACCCAGCAUAUCUUCAACAACCUGGUGGUGAAACUGGCCGAAGAUCCUCGCCGGAAAUUCAUUUGGUCGGAAAUAUCGUUCUUCGCCAAAUGGUGGGAAAGCGCAGAUGUACAUAAACAAGAGGCAAUGCGCAAGCUGAUCCUCAGCGGACAGCUUGAGAUGGUGACAGGAGGCUGGGUCAUGACAGACGAAGCCAACGCUCACUAUUCCGCCAUGAUCGAUCAGCUCAUUGAAGGCCAUCAGUGGCUAGAGAAAAAUCUGGGUGUGAGCCCUCACUCAGGCUGGGCCGUUGAUCCGUUCGGCCACAGCGCCACGAUGCCUUACCUUCUGAAACGGGCGAACAUGAGCAGCAUGCUGAUCCAGAGGGUCCAUUACUCCAUCAAGAAGCACUUUGCAGCCACACGGAGCCUUGAAUUCAUGUGGAGGCAGGCAUGGGAUAUUGAAUCCGGCACAGACAUGUUCUGCCACAUGAUGCCAUUUUACAGCUACGACGUGCCUCACACAUGUGGCCCAGACCCGAAGAUCUGCUGCCAGUUUGAUUUCAAGAGGCUGCCGGGCAGUCGAGUCAACUGCCCGUGGAAGGUGCCGCCCCGAGCCAUCACAGAUGCCAACGUGGCCGAGAGAGCUGGCGUUCUGCUUGAUCAAUACCGUAAAAAAUCCAAGCUAUUUCGUAGCAAAGUGUUGCUGGUUCCUCUUGGGGACGACUUCCGCUACGACAAAGCAUUAGAGUGGGACCAGCAGUACUUCAACUACCAGAAACUGUUUGAUUACAUGAACUCCCACCCGGAAAUGCAUGUAAAGGCCCAGUUUGCGACGCUGACAGAUUACUUUAAUGCGGUGUACAAGGCUAAAGGAGUCGCUCCGGGGACGAGACCGCCCGAUUACCCUGUGCUGAGCGGAGACUUCUUCACUUAUGCAGAUAGAGAGGACCAUUACUGGAGUGGAUACUACACCUCACGGCCCUUCUACAAAAACAUGGACCGUGUGUUAGAAUCUCACCUACGAGGGGCAGAAAUUCUCUACAGCUUGGCGGUGGCUCACGCGCGGCGUGCAGGAUUGGAAGGGCGUUAUCCCGUUUCAGAUUACUACCUCCUCACCGAUGCCAGGCGCAACAUAGGGCUGUUCCAGCACCACGAUGCCAUCACGGGCACUGCCAAAGAGGCUGUCGUCAUCGACUACGGAAACAGGCUAUUACGUUCUCUGGUCGGUCUGAAACGAGUGAUCAUUAAUGCUGCACACUUCCUGGUAAUAAAGAAUAAAGACAUUUAUCGCUUCUACCAGACGGAGCCUUUCUUAGAGACGGACGACAGACGCGCCACACAAGACUCUCUCCCGCAGCGCACGCUUAUCGAGCUGGAAUCUACUCCCAGGUAUCUGGUGCUGUUUAACCCCGUCGAGCAGGAGCGUCUGUGUGUGGUCACCAUGCUGGUGAAUUCGGCAAGAGUUAGGGUUCUCACUGAAGACGGGCAAACGUUACCGGUUCAGCUCAGCGCGCAGUGGGUGUCUGCUGUUGAGAUGAGUGGAGAGGUCUACCAGGCUUCUUUCAUGGCACGCCUCCCCGCUCUGGGAUUGGCCGUCUUCCACCUGUAUGACUCUGCUGACUCCCCCAUAACGCUGCGCUCUGAUACGCUGCUCAGGAUUCCGGGACAGGGUCAGAGCAUACGGGGUUGGGACCCUCUGCCCGUGCGAUCGCAGACGGUAGACGCCCAACCGUUCUACAUCCAGAGCCAGUCUCUCACUCUGGGCUUCUCUGGAACCACAGGCCUGCUGGAGAGCAUUCGACGUAAAGACGAUCCCCAGGAGGUGAGGGUACAGAUUCAGUUCCUCACAUACGGCACUCGACCCUCUAAGGACAAGAGCGGGGCCUAUCUCUUCCUGCCGGACGGAAAUGCCAAGCCUUAUUCGCAGAGAGAAGCCCCUGUAGUGCGUGUGGUGGAAGGGCCUCUCUUCUCUGAGGUUGUGGCACAUUAUCAACACUUCCAACAGACGGUCCGCGUUCAUAAUGUUCCAGGAAUUGAUGGUCUUUCUCUGGACAUCACCAGCAUGGUGGACAUGAGAGAUCAGAAUAACAAGGAGCUGGCCAUGAGGCUGGUUACCGACAUUCAGAGCGGAGAUACUUUCUACACAGACCUCAAUGGUUUCCAGAUCCAGCCUCGCCGGUACUUCCAGAAACUUCCACUGCAGGCUAAUUUCUACCCAAUGCCCGCCAUGGCAUAUAUUCAGGACAGCCGAUACCGGCUCACGCUCCACACGGCCCAGGCACUCGGGGUCAGCAGCCUGGCCAGCGGUCAGCUGGAGGUGAUCCUAGACCGCAGACUGAUGCAAGACGAUAACAGGGGUCUAGGGCAGGGCCUGAAGGACAACAAACGAACGGCCAAUCGCUUCCGUCUUCUGCUGGAGAGGAGGAGCAACAGUGGAAAGCCUGCUGGCUCCUAUGCCAGAGUCACCAACAUCAUAAACAAAAUCAUUGCUGGUAUUUUAGGAGACGGCCAGGAAGAGCCGGGGGACAGCAGACCAGUCAGCUUCCCAUCGCUGCUCAGUCACAUGACCUCCACCAUCCUGAACCAUGAGGUGCUGGCACUGCCUGUGUUGCCCAGGAAACACGGCGUGCCACCCAUGCAUACCUUCGCUCCAUUGGCUGGCACCCUGCCCUGUGACUUUCACCUGCUGAACCUCAGGAGCAUCCAAAGCCGGCAGGAUGCUCACUUUCCAUCGCCUUACACGGCUCUGCUCCUCCAUCGACUGGGCCUGGAUUGUGGUCUGGAGGCCCAGAACCCUGGUUUCAACUGCACUACCACACAAGGCCAGCUCUCCAUUUCUGGGCUGUUCCGUGGGCUAGAUCUUCAGCUCCUGCAGCCCAUGUCUCUGUCUCUGAUGCACUCCCAGCCUCCGCUCUCCAACGACUCCUCCGUCAAUCUGGAGCCAAUGGAGAUCUCCGCCUACAAGCUCAAGCUGUGCUAGAACGAUGUUGCACCAGAACCGGGCUCUCCGUGUGGACCCUUGGAACCUGCGCUCAAGCAGAGAACCACAGCUGGAUGAGCAGAGGACUCUUUUGGAGAUUGUUUAUCCAGACUUAAUGUAUCUGAAUCAACAAGAAGACGCUAACUAAACUCUUAGCAAAAUGGGGAAAAAAAACAAACUCAAGGAUGAGAACGUUCCAGCCAAAGUCAGAUUUGGAAGCCGGCCCGGGCGCUGAGAUGAGAAUGUCUGAGUGUGUUUUUUUUUUUUAGAGAGAGAGAGAUUUUUUCUGGCAGAGCACUAAUCGGUAAACAUCUUUUUAUUCCAGCAGUGCCGACUGUUGUUCUUUCUCCCCUUUUGUCUUUGGCUGGAACUGCUGACCGUUUCUCAUUCAUUUUCUCAUUCAUUCAUCCCUGGAGGUCGUACUGUAUGUAAAUAUCUCAAAACCUACAUACACAACUGGACCUAUACAAAACUGUGGGACUCAGUGCAAUAUGUGAAGCUUCUUGCCCUUUUGUUUCGUCAUUCUAUUUGUUAUCUAUUCCUAAGGCCUUGGAAGCUACGCUUGAAUCCGUGUCAUUGUUGUUUGAGCUCACACAGUUCUUUUUAUUUCUUUAUCUCUGCUGUGGACGGUUCUGCAUAUGCUCGGCGGCGGUGGCGGCUUGUUUUUUUUCUUCUAUGAAUGUCAAUCACCCAGCUUGGCCUGCGAAGGCUGUCAGUGCGGUAACAGACGCGGCAUUUACAGAUCUCUUUCUUUCAGGAUGGCUCUCGACACUUCGCUGACAGAAGACGACGUCCACGAUCCAGCAGCGGUCGGGUCUAGCUCUUUCAUUGGUCGGUUAUUGGGUUACUGCUCAAAUCGCACGACGAGAGCUGACGUUUACAAUCUUUUUCCUUCCUUUUCCAUCGUAGCUUCUGUUAAUGAAUCAAGCUGCUUUUUAAUAAGCUAGCUGUGGAUUAUCCCCAUUUUGAUCGUGUCUGGCAUAGUUACAAGCCGCAGAAUGUGCAUUUUGUCAUAUUAUAUUCACAGGUUUGAGCCAUAUUUAAAUGCAGUUCGGGAUCAGAUCAGUCAAAGAUAUGCAGAGUUUGUCUUAUUUCAAGACCUAGAUCAGUCUACGAGCUUACCUAGACAUCAACACAUUCGCUUGAUAUACCUUCUUGCAGUAUUUUCAGGUAAACCGAACUCGUAUCUGAUUGUAAAGGUACUAGUGCAGCUGCGCUCAGAUUUAGCCAAUUUCCCACACCAAAACGCGUUUAGGCCUUAUCUCGCUGUAGGAAGCCCAUCUGUAAUGUGUAGCAGACCCAUCUCAGUCAUCCCUUCUGGCUUUUGUCUGUCACCUCGGUUUGCUUGAAUCUGACAAUUUUGAACAUAAGAAUGCUGUCUGUCCUUCAACCUGUCGUGUCGUGUCUCACCUCUCCCAGCCGGUCUGUCUCCCCUGGGAAAAUCUGUACUCCAGUCUCUGAUUUAAAUUACGGAAAAAUCUUCGCUCUUCUUCGACUUUCAACUCCAUGCCUGAUUAUCUCUCUGUAGUGCGGCCACAUCCAUUUACAUCAGCCAGGCCAUCAUCCGGCUUCUCCAGCUAAUCAAGUUCCGGAGUAGUGUCCUUUCAGGAAGAUAAUUCCCCGCAGGAGGAACUCCGAGUAUGGAGUGCCAAACGUCUGUCCAAACACAGCGUAGGGCGUGCUUGCUAUUCCAAAAUGCUCUCGCGCCUGUAAUUUGGUCCGAUUCGUUUUCCCUGUCUGUGCAUUUCACUGCCAUGCUUGUUUUUCCUGUGCGUACGCUUGCCAUACUGACAGAUCUCUUUGUUAGAUUUCCUUUAUUUGUGUUGUGUGUUCUGAGAUGGAAAUGAAAUGACAGUGAAUUGACAGGUUAAUUUAUUUUGUUGUUUAUUUUUUUCAUUUUCUGCUUUGGUUUGCUAUUGAGAGUGUCUUCAAAGAAAUGACUCGUAAAAGCAAAUGCAGAGCCAUUAAAGUGGACGUUUAAUAAAGAUCACACAUGGAAAAAAA